CCUGAACAGCUGCCAGGCCACAGCGAGAGGCGGGUAUAUAAACCUCCUGUGAAAAGGUAUUGCAGUACCGCUCUGCAAGCUUCGAAGCCGGUCGUCGUUUAUUUAAAAAAAAAAAAACCCACUCACGGGAUUUUUCUGUCUGAAGUUUUUUUUUUUUUAUGCAGCAAAACAGUCAUGCUCCUGAAUACGGUUGCGUACCGCCUGCUGUUUUUAGCAGGCAUCCUAGUAAAAGGGUAUCUGACUUUCAAGAAUGAUGCUACAGAGAUUCUGUACACCCACGUGGUUCACCCUGUCCAAGAUCAGCCCGUCAACGUGUCGUUAAAUCAGGCAAGAAAUGGAGGCAGAAACUUGGGACAUACUGGGUCCGAUCGAAACGAUCAAAGUCAGGUUGGGUGCAGAGAACUCCGAUCCACAAAAUACAUCUCGGACGGCCAGUGCACCAGUAUAAACCCCGUGAAGGAACUUGUGUGCGCCGGCGAGUGCCUGCCGGCCGAGAUGCUGCCCAACUGGAUAGGCGGCGGCGGCGGCUCCGGCCGCAAGUACUGGAGCCGGCGCAACGCGCAGGAGUGGCGCUGCGUGAACGACAAGACCCGGACGCAGCGCAUCCAGCUGCAGUGCCGCGACGGCAGCACGAGAACGUACAAAAUCACGGUGGUCACCUCCUGCCGCUGCAAGCGCUACGCGCGGCAGCACAACGAGUCCAGCCACAAGUUCGGGGAGGCGUCCCGGCCGAACCCCCCGCACCAGCACCGGGGCAAGAAGCGACAGGGCAAGGCCAGCGCGCAGAGCGUCAACUGGCACGAACUGGAGGCCAAAAACUAACCCGGGACCCGCCGUGGCCGUGAUGGGGACGGACAGUACCAUCGGCCUCUGCGCGACCCUCUAGUUUGGACAGCUGAACAACAGUGUGUACGCUGGGGUUGGCAAGAGUCACUCGUUUAAAAAUUUUGCAGGUUUCCCCCCCCCCCCAGUUGUGUCAGCUCAUGAGGUUGCAGGAGGGGCAUCUUCAUGGGAUGCACAGCACAACAUUCUCCAAGCUGAAGACUGUUUUUGAGAUGUUCAUAUAAUUGAAGAACUCUUUGCACGCAAACAUAAGGCUUCGCCAGACGUCCGCAAUAUAAUGAAAUGUCUGGACCCAACAACAUAUUUUUUUCUAAUUUAAUUUCCGUGAUUUUCAUCACCACUUCAGAAUGACUUAACUCACAAAGCAUUCAAACUUCUGAUGUGUAUACCACAUUGCUUGGGGGUUAUCAUAUAAUGUUCUCGUCAUCCUAGCUAUAAAUAACAGAGCAAUAAAACCUCAGUUUUUCAUUUCA